AUGACGAUGUGGGGACCGAUUGAAUCUAUUAUCCAGCCAGUGUCGUAUAUUGUGGUCAACCUAAUAUCGUCAGUUAUCCUCGAGAAGGUUGCUACACAUGUCAAAGGCCCUUUUAUCGACGAAAUAUUCCACUUGAGACAAUGUGAAACAUACUGUCGAUAUGAAUUCGGUGUAUGGGAUAGUAAGAUCACUACACCUCCGGGGCUAUAUUUACUAGGGUUCGGGUUUGCAAAGCUCCUACUGGUGUUUUCAGACCCCAUUGAAACGGUCUGUGAGAACCAUAAUAUCUUAAGACUUGUUAAUUUGAUCGGAGGUGAAUUGGUGUUGCCUAUUGUUCUUUUAUCAUUACCCAGCUACAAAGGUCAAUUUUGGGUUACAAGCUUAAUCUCCAUGCCUUUGCUCUUCCCAUAUUAUUUCUUGUUCUAUACGGAUCCAUGGUCCUUGGUAUUGACCAUUGCGUGCCUUUCAGCUUCUUUGAGGUCUAGUACUAUCGUCGGAGGACUCUUGGGGUUUGCUAGUUUAUGGUUCAGACAGACCAACAUCAUCUGGAUUGCGUUUGUUGCAUCGGUAUACAUCGACAAAAAGGUCAAUCCCAACAAGAAUGUAUUGAUAUACGCCAAAGAUUACGUCCUUGCGUGUUUCCAACAUGUGGGUCUGUUGGCUCCGUUUGUACUCAACUUUGUGCUCUUUGGGAUAUUUUUGAAAGUAAACGGCGGCAUUACAUUUGGAGAUAAAGAGAAUCAUCAAAUCCAACUUCACUUGGUUCAGGUGUUCUACUGUUUUGUAUUCAUCAGCAUUUUCACCUGGCCGCUGUGGCUCUCAGUAGAGAAUCUCAAAAGAUAUGUCAACUUCGUGUUGGGCAGAAACUUGAAGAGGUGUAUGAUUCAUAUUCCGGUGUCGAUCGUGUGUUGUAUCAUAAUAAAGUACAUAAUUGCUAACUUUACAGUGGUCCAUCCGUUCCUUUUGGCUGAUAACAGACAUUACACCUUCUAUAUUUGGAAAAAGAUCUUGAGCAAACAGUAUACAGAUCUAUUAGCGGUUCCCAUCUACCACUUUGCCACCUGGAACAUAGUAAACAGCUUGGUACAGAACACAAAAGGCUUAUCAAUGAGUCCCAUCACCAUUGUGACAUUUUUGGUAGCAACUGUUCUUACCAUUGUCCCAUCACCAUUAUUUGAGCCAAGAUACUAUAUCACUCCGUUGGUAGUAUUCAGGUUGUUCACGGGACCAGAGCGUCAUCACCAGCUAAGAAAUGCCGUCGAGUUUGUGUACGUGAGUGCCGUGAAUUCAUUGUUCUUCUAUGUGUUCUUUGGGUACGAGUUCACUUGGGCGAGUGAACCAGGAGAAAUCCAACGCAUCAUUUGGUAG